GUUCUAAGCCAUGCCCGUUAGCAAAGAGCGACGUCUGCUGCGCACACCAAAGUGCGCCCGUUGUCGCAAUCAUGGCGUCAUCUCGUGCGUCAAGGGCCACAAGAAGCUGUGCCGCUGGCGCGAAUGCUGUUGCCCCAACUGUCAGCUCGUGGUCGAUCGUCAGCGUGUCAUGGCCGCUCAGGUUGCAUUGCGUCGCCAACAGACAAUGGAAGCUUUGGAGUUGCGCACCUCGCACAGUUCGACGCCGGAGCCGAAUAGUGAUGAGGAGUUGUUGUGCCCAACGAGUCAGAGUCAGAGUCAGAGUCAGAGUAGUGGGAACAGUUCGAUGGCGGCCACGCGUCAAGCUUUGUUGGCCCAGAAACGCAUCUACAAGCAGCGUCUGCGCAAUCUGCAGCAGUCGACGCUGCACAUAACCGCAGCCAUGGAAGAAUACAAGCAGCGAUUUCCCACGUUCAAUUCACCGCUGUUGGAACGCAUGCGCAAGCGUCGCGCCUUCGCUGAUCCGGAACUGAAUUAUGCCAUGGAUACCACGUUACUUGGCAGCACCGCCGCCUGUGCCGCAUCAGCGACUCCUUUGGCCACACCGACAGCAGUGUUGGGCAACGCCUUUUAUGAUCUAUUGGGCAAUGCCGCCGCCGUCGCUGCUGCAGCAGCUGUCGCCCAACAACAACACCACCAGCAACAACAGCAAGCGGCAUAUCAAUCAAUGCCGCUCUUCACACACACGCCCACAAUAACAACGCCCAGCAGCACAGCGAAGAAGCCCAAGCUGAGUUUCUCCAUCGAAUCGAUAAUUGGCAUCAGCACGUAA